UAACCCUAGAUCUUCUUCAUUCUCCACCAAACUCCUUUCUUCUCAUUACUCAACAACACCACCAUCUUCACACUUUCCUUUUUCAUUCGUAGAUCUCACAAUUCACACAACAAAAAAACCCUAAUUUUUUUCAUCAAAUUUUUCCACUUUAUCACUUCAAUUUCACACAAAAACCCUAAUUUUUUAUUUAUUUAUUACUACUAAAUUCUGAAUUUUGAAUUCUAAAUUCUGUUUUUGAUUUUGUUGUUAUUGAGUUUUCAUGGCAAUGCCAAUGGGAAAUGCAGUAACACCGGAAAUUAAGCAUUUUCCGGCGGUGGUUACCGCCGGUGAGAUGCAGUACAGACCACCACCACAGCAACAGCAACAGCAUCAACAACAAUGGUUUGUUGAUGAGAGAGAUGGGUUUAUGAAUUGGAUUCGUAGCGAAUUCGCUGCUGCGAAUGCUAUUAUUGAUUGUUUGUGUCAGCAUUUAGGUGUUAUUGGUGAGAGUGGUGAGUAUGAUCAUGUUGUUGGUGCAAUUCAGCAGAGGAGGGUUAAUUGGAAUCAAGUGCUGCUUAUGCAGCAGUAUUUUUCGGUUAACGAGGUUGCAUAUGCGUUGCAGCAGGUGGCGUGGAGGCGGCAGCAGAGGUUUGUGAAGCCGGUUGUUAAGGAGUUUAGGAAGGGUAGGCAAUGGCAGAGGUUUGAGGGUGGGAAUGGUAAGGAAGGGAGUAAUUCUAGUGUAGAAAAUCAUCGUCGUGGUGAAGGGAAUUUUGUGGUUAAAGGGUCUCAAGUAGUUGAUAAGAUUGAAGAAGUUAAAUCUGGUGGCAAAAUUGGAAAUAAGGAUGCUAAGAUUUUAGACACUUCUGAGGAGAAGAAAGAUGCUAUAAAAAAUCAUCAAUCUGAUGGCCUUUUGAAGAGCUCUGGAAAUUCUCAAGGAUCUCUGUCAAGCACAGAAUGUGCAUCAAAUUCUGGAGAAAAUGAUUCACAUUCUAUGCAAAAUCAACAACAGAACGUGAGUGGUUCCGCCACAGGAAAAACUUUUAUUAGCAAUGAGAUGUUUGAUGGGAAGAUGGUUAAUGUUGUUGAAGGACUGAAGUUGUAUGAAGAUUUAUUUAGUAGUACUGAAGUUUCAAAACUUGGUUCAUUGGUCAAUGAUUUAAGGGUUGCUGGAAGAAAAGGACAAUUUCAAGGAAGUCCAACAUAUGUGGUUAACAAAAGGCCCAUAAGAGGGCAUGGAAGAGAGAUGAUUCAAUUGGGUGUUCCAAUUGCUGAUGUGGACAAUGUGACAGCGUCGUUCAAAGAUAAGAAUGUGGAAUCUAUGCCUUCCUUGUUUCAAGAUAUCAUUGAGCGCAUGGCUGCCUCACAAGUCAUGUCUGUUAAGCCUGAUGCUUGCAUUGUGGAUUUCUAUAAUGAGGGUGACCACUCAACGCCAAACAUUUGGCCGUCUUCAUUUGGAAGGCCUGUUUAUACGCUUUUCCUGACUGAAUGUGACAUGACUUUUGGGAGAACAUUUGUCUCAGAGCACUUUGGGGAUUAUAAAAGCAAUGUCAAGCUUUCUCUUGGACCUGGGUCCCUUCUAGUGAUGCAAGGGAAAUCAGCUGAUUUUGCUAAACAUGCUAUUCCUUCUAUUCACAAACAACGCAUUCUUGUUACUUUUGCAAAGUCUCAACCAAAAAAGUCUCUGCCAAUUGAUGCUCAAGGUCUUGCUUCGUCAGCAACUUCACAUUGGUCAGCCGCACCAAACAGAUCUCCGAAUCAUAUCAGUCAUCGUCCGUUAGCUCCCAAGCAUUAUUCUGCUGUUCAAGUAACCGGGGUGCUGCCGGCUCCAUCCCUACAUGUUGCUCCUAAUAGCAUGCAGCCAUUGUUUGUGCCGGCGCCAGUUGCAACUCCCAUACAGUUUGCUACACCUGUGCCAAUCCCGGCUGGCUCUACAGGAUGGACUGUGGCUCCUCCAAGGCAUCCUCCUCCUCGAGUCGUUGUUCCCGGCACAGGAGUAUUCCUUCCGCCUGGUUCUGCUAAUUCAUCUCAGCACUCGCAAGGUACCUUCACUGAAGUGAACUUGGGUGUUGGAAUUCCAACUCCGACGAUAAAGGAAAAUGGGAAAUCUAAUCAUAGCAAUACUAAUGGUUCACCAAAAGGUAAAAUGAAUGGAAAUAUUGAAAGGCAAGAAUGCAAUGGUAAUGCAGGCGCAACUGAAGUUGAACAGGCUAUAGAGGAAAAAGGUGAAAGCAAUGCAGAAACUGUUGCAAGCCAAUGAGAGAUUAGAGAGAGAUGGAAAGCUUAUCAAAGGAAUAGAUUAAGAACUUAAUCUGAGUUUGAAGCAAAUGUAAAAAGCGGCAACAGUGGAUAUAACAUUAUACUGCAAAGGAGAGAACAAGGGAAGGAUGUAUAACAUUUUGGUUCUCUUCAAAAUCCUUCCUUUGUUAAUUUCAUUCCUUCUUUUUGUUGUCUUAAUAUAUUAACUUCUAUAGUAAGAGAAAACUCAUUCUUAAUUCAUACUUAGAGAUUUUUCCCUCGAUAAUUCUUUUGCGCAUUUUGCAAUCGAUUUUUAUCGUGGUAAUGUUCACUUCAA